CUGGUCUGUAAACACCCGCGGGCGAGCCCGCGCGGCGUGUCCGCUCGGACCGCCGGGUGAGGCUGCGUCUCUGUGUGUCACCGACACACACACACACACACUGAUAUGAACCCUGCUUCGACGUGCGUGUCACGGCUUAAAAAUAGAGGCUAAGCCGUCAGCCGGUCUCGCAGCGGCAGCGGCAGCGGGCGGGGGCGGCGGCGGCGGCGGCAGGAGAGUCAUGGCCGUGGCGCUGGCUGCGCCUGCCCUCGGCCUCCGGGACUGAGACCCCGCGUCGCGCUCGCACCGAGCAACAGCCACCGGAGACUGACCCAUCAGCAGCUCGAGGACACGCCUGCAGCCGCCUCUGAGAUGUGCCCUGGUAACUGGCUCUGGGCCUCCAUGACUUUUAUGGCCCGCUUCUCCCGGAGCGGCUCAAGGUCUCCUGUUCGCACUAGAGGGACCCUGGAGGAGAUGCCCUCGGUUCAACAUCCCUUCCUCAAUGUCUUUGAGUUGGAGAGGCUGCUCUACACAGGCAAGACCGCCUGUAACCAUGCCGAUGAGGUCUGGCCCGGCCUCUACCUUGGAGACCAGGACAUCGCUAACAACCGACGGGAGCUGCGCCGCCUGGGCAUCACGCACGUCCUCAACGCCUCACACAGCAGGUGGCGAGGCACCCCCGAGGCCUACGAGGGGCUGGGCAUCCGAUAUCUGGGUGUCGAGGCCCAUGACUCACCAGCCUUUGACAUGAGCAUCCACUUCCAGACAGCUGCGGACUUCAUCCACCGGGCACUGAGCCAGCCAGGAGGGAAAAUCCUGGUGCACUGCGCCGUGGGCGUGAGCCGGUCCGCCACGCUGGUGCUGGCCUACCUCAUGCUGUACCACCACCUCACCCUCGUGGAGGCCAUCAAGAAGGUCAAGGACCACCGAGGCAUCAUCCCCAACCGGGGCUUCUUGCGGCAGCUCCUGGCCCUGGAUCGCAGGCUGCGGCAGGGUCUGGAGGCAUGAGGGGAGGGGACAGGAGGUCAGGCCAGGUGCAUUUGGCCCUGGCUCCCAGCUGGAGAGAGGAGGCCCAGAUAGCCCAUCCUCUCCUGUGGGCAGGAGAGCAAGAGGGCUGGGGCUCCCACUACUGCUGCUGUUGGUUGGGAGGGGAUGGGGGGUGAGGCUGGUUGGUGUGCUGGGCACCCAGGAGGGAGCUGACCAGGGAAGGAAGCAGCUAAAGCUGUAGGUAGACGGCAGUCCUGGGACUCCGACCCCCUGGAUUCCAGCCAGGCUGCUUCCAGUCACCCAGAGCCCCCUCCGCGCGUACACACACACACGCACACACACACCGUUGUGCCCAAGGGUUCCCACUCGCUCAUUUAAGAACAAAAGUGUCAUCUCUGUCCUGUGCUUGUGCUGGGCGUCAGGGAUGCCGCAAGCACGAACGCCAUGCCACGGUGUAGAUAUGUUGUGUAGAUGAUGGUGUUGAGACAGACGGUAAAGAGAGGGUGUGAAAAGCUGUGAAACCAGAGGGAGACACUCACAGACUUGUUACUCCAAGCGCAGGAAGAGAAGGUGUGGGAGGGUUGGCGCUGUGCCCGCGGGCGCUGGUCGCGGCCAGAAGCCGCAGAGGUGCAUGCCUAUGAGUCUUGAGAUGAUGGCUCCCCUCCUGGCUGCAGAUGUCUUAAGGAAAAAUAAAGAUGGUGGACAAGACCCUGGUGAAGUCGUUGACAGCUUGUAAGGGCUCCCCACCUCUCUCCUGGAAGCCCCUGGCUUUCUGGCCAUAGGAACAGUUCCUGACUCCCUCAUCGUGGUCAUAAACCUCCAGCGGUUCUCAGGGGGUGGCUCUUUCCAGUCCAAUUUCACGGUGGCCAGAAGCGAAAUCUUGAAGUGUUGCUUCCCACUGUGUCCACACAGGGGCAGCAGAGGACCAAAAAAACGUUAGGCUUGGCACCCCUGCUCUGUCUGCCAGGUCUAAACUAGGUCUCUGUUCCCCAGCUCAGGCGUGCAGGAAAUAUUGCUUUAUUUUCCAAAAAAUUUCCAGAUUCUAUAUCAAGUCCCCAUCGUGAUGGGAUAGCAGAAUAUGAAUCUUAAAUCAACCCCUUCCCUAAAUCCUACAUUCAGGGGGUCUGGGACUUGCCUGGUAACUAGAAAUUGGAGGAGAGGGAAGGAGGGGUGAUGUAAUUGCUUCCUCUUGUCAGCUUUCCAGGUUUGCCUCAUCAGAGUGUAACGCAGUCUCCUUAGUAAACUUGGUAAAAAUUUAGACUCACCAACCAGAGAGAGUAGUAUGGUGUUUCUGCUCUCCCAGCUGCCCAAACUGCCAGCCACCACCUCCCUCCUUUUAGAAAAAAACAUGUUCCC